AUGGCUCCACAGACUGGCUCCACUGCAAAGGAGACGAGACCCGUCGCAGCCUUUCUGCAGCUUUUCACUUGGGAAGAGAUCAGAAUCCACAACGGCUGUGGGCAAGGGCAGGAGCAAUGGCUGGUGAUUGACAGGAAAGUGUAUGAUGUCAGCAAGUUUUCCAAACGACACCCUGGAGGCAGCCGAGUUAUAAGCCACUAUGCUGGGCAAGAUGCUACG